GAGGACUUGGCGGCGCGCGCGGUGGCCGGACCAAAGGGGACGCGGCGAUGGGGAGUCGAGCGAGGAUGGAGAUGAACAAGUUUGGGAGGAAUUAUGGGCAGCUGAUGGAGGUGAUGCUGGAGCAUGCUCGGAUGGAGGAGAGAGUUGUCUUUCCCAUAUUGGAUAAAGCUGAUCGAGGAUUGUCCAAAGCUGCGAAUGAAGAACAUGCAAGGGACCUGCCUAUAAUGAAUGGCAUCAAAGAAGAUAUCAAGUCUAUUGGUGUUCUGGAUUUGGGAAGCCCUGUCUACCAAGAGGCCCUCUUCAACCUUGCUAACCGGUUCAAGAUGUUAAAGAAUAACUGCCAGCAUUUUGAGGAGGAGGAGGGAAUUACUACCAUAUAUGGAAGCAGCAGACAUAGGAAAAGUGCAGCAGGGAAAAUUACUGGAACAGUGUCUGGAAGCUAUGCGUGA